GUGUGUCAUUAAUAGAACUUUGUGAAAAAAAUCCGAUAAUGUCAUCAGCUUUUAAAUGAAAGUCUUUGUCCACAACCCCCUCCUGACUGUUCCAUUAUCAGUCACCUUUACUGUCAAUAAUAACUGGUUGUAAAAAAGGGAGUAAACUGCAAAAGUAGAAAGUACUUUUUGUACUGGCAGGUACUAACCUCCAGUGCUUAGCUCAAUGAAACAACUGAAAUCGUUUAUUCUUUAUGCACAUUACCUAUGAGAUCCUGGUGUACAUGUGCAACACUAAAUCUAUGAGUGAAGAAUCACUAUCAGUGAUGAGUCCUAAAGAGAGACAGAGAGACAUUCCUGACCAAACUGAAUUGAUGUUGCGUUAUCUGAUUUAAUUAUUUCGUUUUCAGCCUUGACAAACUGUGGCAUCUCAGUUUUCUCCAGAUCAGUUGUUGUGUGUGCUUUUUCUUCUGCCCUUGGUCACAUUUGUUUAAAACAACUGCUGAUUGAUAAAAGUUAAGAUGUUUUAUUGACAGGAAGGCACCAAAACAUCCCCUUCAGGCCAUUCUGUGUUCUGAGACAACCCAUGAUCAAAAUCAAUGGCCUGGCGGUCAUUGCACUCACUUUACAAUCAUCAUUGAUAAGACAUGACUACAUUAAUUGAAAUAUUAUUAUUUUUUCUAAAGCUAAAUAAUGUUAGCAAAGUCCAUAAUCCUUCACAUAUUUCCCUUUCAUUAAAUCAGUCUGAACAAAUAACAAAAAAUGCAAAUAAACUGAGUUUAGAGGUUGAAAUUUGUUUUAAAUUUGCAGGCCGGUGGGAAUCACUGCUGACACAAUCCUUAUCAGCCUAAUUAGAGUGUAGAUAUAGGAACACAGGGGCAUAGGUCAACUUGGUAAUAGGACUGAAAUAUCCCAGUGGAGCCUUGCUGGUGGACACAGAGACACGUUCAGCUGCCUUUGAUAAACUCCUGCGGAAAACAUGAAAAAAUCCUUCAAACUUACAACACCAAUCUCAGAUAAAAAAGCAGACAUUGAAACUGGGUGUUUACGAAAUGAAAAGAAGAAAGAAAACACACUGAGUGUUGGAUACUUUCAGCUGUUUCGGUUUGCCACCUGCAAAGACAAGGCGAUGAUGGUGGUGGGCAGCUUGUGUGCCCUCGUCCACGGUGCCGCUGCUCCUCUCAUGCUGCUGGUGUACGGGAUGAUGACCAACACGUUUGUUGCUUACGAGCUGGAAGUCCAGGAGCUCAAAGAUCCAAACAAGGUGUGCAGAAACAACACAAUCUUUUGGACUAAUGACUCCAUAUAUGAAACUCCCGAAAACAGCACAGUUUUUUGCGGGGUGAACAUUGAAGCAGAGAUGACCAUGUUUGCAUAUUACUACAUUGGUAUUGGAUUAGGUGUGCUGGUUGUAAGUUAUUUUCAGAUCGUCUUCUGGGUGUCAGCAGCUGCAAGACAAACUCAACGAAUCCGAAAGACUUAUUUUCGAAAAGUUAUGCAAAUGGAGAUCGGAUGGUUUGACUGCAAUUCUGUGGGUGAACUGAAUACAAGGAUUUCUGAUGAUAUCAACAAGAUCAACAACGCCAUUGCUGAUCAGGUGUCCAUUUUCAUUGAGAGGGUCUCUACGUUUGUGUUUGGUUUCAUGGUUGGGUUCAUCGGUGGCUGGAAGCUGACUUUGGUGGUCAUAGCAGUGAGCCCUCUGAUCGGUAUAGCUGCUGGAUUAAUGGCCAUGGCAGUGGCCACACUAACAGGACGAGAGCUGAAGGCCUACGCAAAGGCAGGAGCUGUAGCCGAUGAGGUGCUGUCAUCCAUCAGAACAGUCGCUGCUUUUGGAGGGGAAGAAAAGGAAUCCGAACGGUAUGACAGAAACCUCAUCGAAGCUCAGAACUGGGGAGUGAAAAAGGGCUCAAUCAUCGGCGUAUUUCAGGGAUACCUGUGGUGCAUCAUCUUUCUGUGCUACGCUUUGGCCUUUUGGUACGGAUCUAAACUCGUCAUUGACACGAAGGAGCUGACUCCUGGAAGUCUUAUUCAGGUUUUCUUUGGAGUCCUCAUGGCGGCUAUGAACCUCGGUCAGGCCUCGCCGUGCCUGGAGGCUUUUGCCUCCGGCCGCGCAGCAGCAAAAACUAUUUUCGAAACAAUUGACCGGGAGCCAGAAAUUAAUUGUUUUUCAGAGGAUGGCUGUAAAUUAGACAAGGUCAAAGGUGACAUUGCGUUCCAUGAUGUCACCUUCUUUUACCCAUCUCGACCUGAAGUUAAGAUUUUAGAUAAUCUGAGUGUGAAGAUCAAAGCGGGAGAAACCACUGCCUUUGUUGGACCGAGCGGAUCUGGGAAAAGCACCACAAUCCAGCUCAUUCAGAGAUUUUAUGACCCAAAGGAAGGAACGGUGACUCUGGAUGGCCAUGACAUCCGAACCUUAAACAUUCAGUGGCUCCGUUCUCUCAUCGGUAUUGUGGAGCAAGAGCCAAUCCUGUUCUCCACAACCAUCGCUGAGAACAUCCGAUACGGUCGACAUGGAGUGAGCAUGGAGGACAUCAUCCAUGCAGCAAAGGAAGCCAACGCUUAUAAUUUCAUUAUGGAUCUUCCACAGAAAUUUGACACACUGGUGGGUGAAGGUGGAGGUCAGAUGAGUGGAGGACAGAAGCAGAGGAUCGCCAUUGCUCGCGCUCUCAUCCGAAACCCCAAGAUCCUGCUGCUGGACAUGGCCACAUCUGCACUGGAUAAUCAGAGUGAAGCUGUCGUCCAGGAAGCUCUGGAAAAGGUUCGAGCAGGCAGGACAACAAUCUCUAUAGCACACCGUCUUUCCACGAUCAGAAAUGCAGAUGUGAUUGUUGGUUUUGAGCAUGGGCAGGCUGUAGAGAGAGGGAAACACAAGGAGCUUCUGGAGAAACAAGGUGUCUACUUCACCCUCGUCACGCUGCAGAACCAAAGCUCUUCCAGCACAACUACAAAUGCGAUCAAUGAAAAACCUGAUGAUGAUUUUGAUUUCAAAGUGGAGAGUUUCAGGCGUGGCAGCGGCAGAUCCAGCAAAAGGAGCUCAAUUCGACUGCGAUCUCAGAGCAAACUGUCCAAUGAUUUGGUCCCAGACGCUUUAUCAGGCAGCCUCAGGAUCAGUGCGGAUGUGGGGAUCCCAUCAGCAGAUGCAUUGGAGGAUGAUGCAGAUGGAAAUGAAGAACGUGCCCCAGUGGUACGCAUCCUGAAGUACAACCAGCCAGAAUGGCCCUACAUGCUGCUGGGUUCACUGGGAGCUGCAGUCAAUGGCUCUGUUAACCCCAUCUACGCAAUCCUGUUCAGCCAGAUUCUUGGGACGUUUGCAAUCCGUGAUUUGGACAAACAGCGGAGGCAGAUCGACGGCAUCUGUGUGCUGUUUUGCAUCGUGGCCAUAAUUAGUUUCUUUUCACAGUUCCUGCAGGGGUAUGCUUUUGCCAAAUCUGGAGAACUGCUGACUCGCCGUCUGAGGAAAGUGGGCUUCCAGGCCAUGUUGAGACAGGAAGUAGGUUGGUUCGAUGACCCCAAAAACAGCCCUGGGGCUUUGACCACCAGACUGGCCACAGAUGCAUCCAUGGUGCAGGGGGCAACGGGUUCUCAGAUUGGCAUGAUAGUGAACUCAUUGACCAGCAUAGGAGCCUCAUUCAUCAUCGCCUUCUACUUCAGCUGGAAGCUAACCUUGGUAAUCUUGUGCUUCCUGCCUCUCAUUGGGCUGUCGGGUGUGUUCCAAGCCAAAAUGCUGACAGGUUUUGCAAACGAAGAUAAAAAGGCCAUGGAAGCAGCUGGCCGGGUGUCAAGUGAGGCUCUUGCCAACAUCAGGACCAUUGCAGGAUUGGCCAAAGAGAACUCGUUUGUGGAAUCGUACGAGCAAAAACUUGAGCUUCCAUAUAAAUCAGCGAAAAAGAGAGCCAACAUCUACGGGGUCUGCUUUGGUUUUGCUCAGUGUGUCAUCUUCAUGGCGUAUGCCGCUUCCUUUAGAUAUGGCGGGUACCUGGUCAGAGCGGAGGGGUUACAGUACAUGCUGGUGUUCAGAGUGAUUUCAGCCAUCGUGAUCAGCGGGACAGCACUAGGCAGAGCCUCGUCCUUCACUCCGGAUUACGCCAAAGCCAAAAUCGCCGCUGCUCAGUUUUUCAAACUGCUGGACAGAGUACCACAAAUCAGCACAGAUCGAUCAUGCGGACAAAAAUGGGAGAACUUCAAAGGAGAAAUCGAGUUCCUUAACUGCAAGUUUACCUACCCAACACGUCCAGAUGUUCAGGUACUGAACGGCCUGGUUGUUUCUGUGAAGCCUGGUCAGACUUUAGCAUUUGUUGGGAGCAGCGGCUGUGGGAAAAGCACCAGUGUCCAGUUGCUGGAAAGGUUCUACGAUCCAGAUCACGGGAAAGUGUUGAUCGAUGGCUACCCUUCUCAUGAUGUCAAUGUCCCCUUCCUGAGAUCUCAGAUCGGUAUUGUGUCUCAGGAGCCAGUCUUAUUCGACUGCAGCAUAGCGGAGAACAUUCAGUAUGGAGAUAACACACGCAGCAUCACCAUGGAGGAGGUGGUUGAGGCUGCCAAGAAAGCUCACCUCCAUGAAUUUGUGAUGACUCUUCCAGACAAAUACAAGACUCAGGUUGGCUCCCAGGGCUCCCAGCUCUCAAGAGGACAGAAACAACGCAUUGCCAUAGCCAGAGCCAUCGUCAGGAACCCCAAGAUCCUGCUGUUAGAUGAGGCUACCUCUGCUCUAGACACAGAGAGUGAGCAGACUGUUCAGUCUGCUCUGGAUGAGGCGAGAAAAGGACGAACCUGCAUCGUCAUCGCUCACCGGCUGUCAACCAUCCAGACCGCUGACAUCAUCGCGGUGAUGUCCCAGGGAGUGGUCAUAGAGCAGGGUACACACGAUAAACUCAUGGCGAAGAGGGGAGCCUAUUAUAAACUGGUCACAUCUGGAGCUCCAAUUAGCUGAAUGUACAACUUCAAUAAUUCAAAACCUAAUCUUCAAUUCUGAGUAAAUUUUGGAAAGCCAACUUGUAAAAUAAUGAAAAUAUCGUGGCGCAGAAUUUAAAAUUUUUUUUAUUUCAGCAGCAAAAGCAACAUGCAUCUCUGCAUUGUACGCACAAGAUCAGCAGUUUAUUUAUGUAGAUAUUGUUUUGAAGAAUUAGUUUCAUAGUCACAUGCUGUUUAAGCUAUUUAUUGCAAAUGUAUUUAUUUCUUUACAGCCCAAAAUAAAAUUUUUACUCACA